AUGGAUUCACCGCUACAGAUACAGGAGAGCAAAAUCAACCAGCGAUACCUGCACAUCAACCCCGAAGAGAGUGAGGAUUUCCUUACGACAUGUAUCGCCGUUAAUACCAUUGUGGAGCACCGGCUCUACAAGAACGAGGCGCCAGCGCUCGAGGAAUAUGUCAAGAAGUUUCACAACGUGACGCGCAGGACGUUCUACAAUAUCUCAAACUGCGGAGACGUUCUCUUGCGGUUGAAGAAAGAAGGCGUCCCAACCGAUGAGCUGCCUUGCAAUGCCGCACUCUGUCUCGCUUUGCUGAAGCUGCAUAAGAAAUUGCGUUUGCCUCUGAAGACGAUUUGGGACAGAAAUGUGGAAUUCUACGAAGGACGACAGAAUGUAGUGGCAUGCAGGCUCAGUGCACCUUUCAAGGAACCCGAGGUCGACUCAAAUGCCAUUGAUUUGACUUCGGAAGCCUCGCCUACAGGAGCGUCUUUGCCUGAAGUUGAUGAGGAUGAGUUUCCCAUGGACGAAGACGAAGAAGAGUUGAUCGAUCAAGCGAGACUGGCGUCAGGCAAACCGGUCACCGAUAUCGGGAAGUGGAGGCAUUCACUUUCCGCACGAAGGCGGUUAGGUGAAAACGAAUACAAUACGCCACCAAUCAUUUGCAAGUUGUUAGACGACUUUGUGAAAACAUUCCACGAUAGCAUCGACUUGGAUGUAUGCUCGAAUCCCAGUUCGGAGCUCGUUUGUAAGCAUUACUUUGGUGUUCAACCCCACGGGACGUUCAUCGAUGCAUUCGAUUUGCCUCGUUGGUGUAUCCCAGCCGACGAAGACGAAGCGGCAUUGCACCCCCGGGAAUGGACAGGCAAAGCAAGCGUUAUCGUGUGUAACCCGCCUGCGAGGCCGCUCAAUGAAGAGCAGGCUAGCCGUAUGGAAAAUGAGUUCCCAACUCCGAAGUUUCUUGAUAGGCUUGUGCAGAUGCUGGAUGACGAAGAAUGUGACCAUCUGCUUCUCCUUGUGCCGAUGGAUUUGCGAAGGUCAUGGUGCCCGCCUCUCGUUGAAAGAUGUGACCAACUUUUAAUUUUUAACCGCUUCAACAAUCAUCUCUCGAAGGCGGCCUUAGAACGCUCACCGCAAGCGAAACCUGUCGUCGAUGACCCGAACCCACGCUGCUUGAUUUAUCUGUCAAGAGAAAAGCACAUGGAUAUUGAGCGUUCCUUCUGCGAGAUUUUCGGCACGCUACCAAAGACGUAUCUGACAAAAGACGUCCGCAAAAAGGUUAUGUCGGAGGAGGCAGAGUCCGAAAAAUCCGAGUCAGAGGAAGAAGAGAGCUCGGUAGAAAGGUCGAAAUGGAUUCACUGCAAACGGUCUAGGACAAAGCUAGGGGAGAACGAGUACAACGCAGCUCCGGAAAUCUGUGACAAGAUAGACCAAUUUGUCAAGUGCUUUCAUGACUCGAUAGACCUCGACGUUUGCAGUAAUCCUUGCGCGACAAUCAAUUGCAAAUACUACUACGGGGUACAGCCCGACGGUUCGUUUGUGGACGCCUUUGGAUUAGAACGCUGGUGCAUUCCCGCAGACGAUGAUGAGGCUGAACGGGAACCAAGCGAAUGGACAGGGCGACCGAGUGUGAUUCUCUGCAAUCCGCCAGCUAGGGCUUUGUCUGACGAACAGUCAAAGCACAUGAAGAAGUCGGAGAACCCUACACCAAAGUUCAUCGCACGGGUGAUGGAGAUGAUUGAUAAAGGCGAAUGUGACCAUGCGAUAUUCUUAUUGCCUAUGGAUGGCAGGCGAAACUGGAGCUUCCCGCUCAUACGGCGAUGCGACCAAUAUGCGCAAUUCCAUCGAUCAAACAAUCACCUGUCGAGAGCGGCGUUAGAGCGUAAUCCGCACAAGAAAGCGAUAAGUGAUGACCCUAAUCCGAGGGUUAUUAUAUACGUUGCACGAGAGGCGAAUCUGCAUAUACAAAAAGCGUUCUGCGAUGUCUUUGAAGGGAACACGAUUCUUCCCAAAGACGUGCGCGAACAUACGCACAAUUUGCGAAAGCGCGCAAGGCAAAGCUAUGUCGAGUCAGGCGAAGAAGAAGAAGAGGACGAAGAUACACCUCCUCCUCCGAAGAAGUCUCCGGUUAAGAAGCAAGACCGCAUACACAAAGCGAUAACGGACUUUGCCGCAGAGAAUGAAGUGACUUGUAUCGAAGGAGAAGAUUUCUUAGACAAAGCGAAAAACGAUUUGGAAAGCGGUGAAGUGAUACGCGCUGUCGGAAUCGUGUCAGAAUGCACCGAUGAGCUGUACUCCGUCGCGAUGCUGUGUCACCUGCGGAAGGGGAAAUUAACAGUCGCGUAUCUUGACAGCGAGUCUGGAUUUCCGCUUGCGAAGAAGUUCGUCGCGGCUUUCCAAACGCAUGGAUUCAUUCCCGGAGUGAACAGCUUCGCUUGCACGCCGUCGUUGCUCGACGUGGAGAAGAAGUCACCCUUGCGCUACUUUUCCGCUUCUGCCGGAAUCGGGGGAGCAGACCUUGCUAUGAAUCGGGUGUUUGAGAACGCCCACUGCGUCGGUUAUUCAGAGUUAAACCCGCGAGCUGUAAAGAUUUACGAGAUACACCACAUUCGGCAAACGAACUAUGGAGAUAUUGAGAAACUCGAAUGCAAUGUUCUGCCUGUAUUCGAAUUUCUCAUCGGCGCGGGAAAUGUGAAUGGAUUCGAUAAGAUUUUGAGGGCAUGUCACCCUCGCUACUUUUUGUUUGCAAACACGGAGCCGACCGCAACGAUAAGCGAGGCUUUAGGAGUGAAGCCGAUAAUGUUGGACGAUGCGGAUUUCAACGGUUUGUCUAGGAAGAGAUGGUAUUGGGCGAAUUUCCGAAUUCAGCCUGCGCCGUUUCAUAAACGGCAAGCACCGAACGAUAAGCGACUGACGUGCAUAGACAAAGAGCGUGCAAUGGGGUUUCCUGAUAAUUACACGCACGGAAUCUCUAGUGCCGCAAGGUUAAGUCUCUUAGACAACGCGAUGUCAGUGGAGACCAUCUGUCAUAUCUUGAAACACAUAUGA